AUGGCUAUAGAGGAAGAUCAAAAGUCCAACACUGUCGAGUUUACAGAACGCCUACCGGAAGAAACGACUACCGCGGCCACAUCCGAACUGGGUCAUCUCGCCAACCAGGAAGACCAUGAAGUUGGGAAACUUGCGUCCUUCCGCAAGUACCCCUGGGCUUGUGCAUGGUCGAUAUACAUGGUCUGGGUAGUGCUAUUAGUCAGCUUCGAGAACCAAGCAGCUGGCAAUGUUAUUGGUAUACCAGAGUUUAGGAAAGACUUCGGCCAUCAAUUCACUGCGAAUGACGGCAGUGUGAGCUAUGUCAUUGACGCUCAGUGGCAGUCGGCUUUCCAGGGCGCACCUGUAGCUUCUGCUAUCGUGGGUGCCCUCGGAUGUGGCCAACUCGCUGACUGGCUUGGUCGCCGUCUAGUGAUCAUGAUCUGUCUCGCAGUCACCUUCGCCGCAAUAACCAUGGAGUUCGUCGCAACAACUAACGAGAUGUUCUUUGGGGGCAAGUUCCUGAACGGUUUCGUCGUCGGUGCCCUAGCAUCUGUCACCGUGACUUAUAUUGGCGAAGUUGCUCCGUUGAAACUCAGAGGCAUGCUGACUUGCUCGACUGCGCUUUCAUACACCCUCGGUCCGCUUAUAGUCGCACUCAUUGUGAACUCCACGGGCGUAUAUACCAAUCGCUGGGCAUACCGCGCAGUCUUUUGCGCUCAGUACGGAUUCGCCGGGGUAGCUGCCGCUUUCGUCUGGUUCAUGCCCGAGUCACCGUGGUGGCUCGCAUCCAAGGACCGCCAAGCUGACGCACUGAAGGCCCUCAAUAGCCUUGGUCAUCGCGGCUUUGCAGGCGAGCAGAAGCUCGCUCAGAUUAUGACGACUCUACAAGAAGUCAAGCACGAGACCGAAGGCGUCACCUAUCUGGAGUGCUUCCGUCGGUCCAACCUACGGCGAACCAUCAUCUCAGUCAUGCCACUCACUAUCCAGUCGCUCAGCGGCAUCAUGUUUGCAGCUUCCUAUUCGACGUACUACAUGCAACUCGCCGGCUUCACCACCGCCAUGUCGUUCAAGUUGCAAAUCGUGCAGCAAGUCCUCUCUCUUAUCGGAAACGUCAUAUCAUGGUACCUAGUUGAUCGUGUUGGCCGCCGCAACCUUACCUUCUGGGGACUCUUCGUGCUCACCAUCAUCUUGUUCGUCAUGGCCGGUCUCGCGGUCGUCGGCACGGCACCCGCACUCAAAGGCGCUAUCAGUAUGAUCCUACUCUACUGCUUCUGGUAUAAUGUCACCAUCGGCGCGACUGCUUACACUAUCCUGUGCGAGACAUCGACCUCACGUCUUCGCAUCAAGACUAUUGCUAUCGGCCUCGCUCUUCAGAACGCGCUUAAUACCAUGUGGAGUUUCGUACUGCCUUACUUGUUCAACCCCGAUCAGCUCAACCUCGGUGGAAAGCUGGGCUUCAUCUUUGGUGGUUUAUCUGUGUUGUGCUUGGUGUAUCUUUGGUUCUUUCAGCCUGAGACGGCGGGUCGGACUUACGAAGAGUUGGAUGAGAUGUUUGUUAAUCGAGUCAAGGCGAGGAAGUUUGGAACGCACAGGACGGAUGCGCAAGCUAUGGGUCAGGCGGUCGAGAAGAAAGAAGCCGCAUAG